UCGUUCUCUCUCUCUCUCUCUAGACGCUCUAGACUGCCGGCUCUGACGAUCCGAAAAAGCUCAGUCGCUCGUGGACGCGCGCCACGACGUUGUCCCGAAAGCCCCUGCGACGUUCGGCUGUAAAUACAGUUGCCAGUGCGACAUGUGACUCGGGUAGAUCGAUCACGGAGACUUGUUGAUUUUUUUUUUCGCUUCGCGAGGAGAUCCGCUGGCUUGAUGCGUCGAGUGACGAGUGCGGAGACUGUCGAGAGAUAAAGAGCAAGAUGCUGCGCUCGUCGAUGAUCGUUAUCCUGUUGUUGCUGCUGCUGCUGCUUCGUGAUGGACUGGCCGAAGAGUUAUCAUGCUGUGCAGCGGCCAGUGGCGCUUGUCGUAGCGUCUGCUCCAGGGUCUCAUUGCUCUCCUUGGCUGCGGACUCUUACGCGAGGGAAAACGCCACGAGGAUAUUUACGGAAUUCUGCCCGCCUGAAUCGGUGGAGUUCUGGGAUUGCGUCAAUUCUACCCUCAGAGAGAUAGAGCGCAACGAAAACUGGACCGGCCGGAGUUGCUGUCACCUGGCUCGCAGUUUGACAUGUCGAUCGGCGUGUGCUACCGCAGGUCGCCAGCGCGACCUGAAGCUGUCCUGUCGUUGGAGCGACGAGUUUGCCUUGUCCGACUGUCUGGAGCAGCGCGAGGAGGUCGAGCAGUGCUGUUCCAGCGUUUCGAACUCCAGCUGCAGGAGUAUCUGUAAGGAGCUGUUCCACAAGUCUGCCGGGAGAAGGUCGGCGCUUAAGAUGUACAAGAGCAAGGGCUGCUUCCAUCAGGUGCCCAAGUGCCUCAAGGGCCUGGCUGACGAUAGCAGUAAACCGUCCGAGGAUCCGAAGCUCCUCGCCGACUGCUGCGAAAAGGCUCCGAACCGUGGCUGCGUCGAGAGCUGCCUCAACUUGAUCCAUACCCUGGGUUCGAUCGAAGAAGUCCUGGAAGGCCUCGAUAAUUCAACGCCGAGCUGUCAUCCAGUCAAGCCACACUCGCCACCGUGGAGCUGUUUCCUCAGCCGAUCAUCGCCGUCGUCGACGGGGACGAGCAAAAGUAGACGCUUGCCUCUGAACGUGGCGAAACUUAGCUGCUGUUCGCGAGCUAAGCGCAAAACCUGCAGAUCUCUUUGCUUACGGGCCUUCCAGAGCGACUGGUCUGCCUGGCAGCAACUUGAGAACCAGUGUCUGUCUUCUAGUCCAGCCCUCGAGACUGAACUUAGCCGCUGUCUUGAUGAUAGCGAGGACUCUUGCGAGAUGGGAUGCUCUGGGCUGUCCUUCUGCUCCAAGUUCAAUGACAAACCGACGACGCUAUUCAGGAGCUGCACUCGAGCUGCCGACGAAGCGGCCAGGUGGGAGGCGGACCACUGGAUCCGCGGCGGCGUAAUCGCAGGCCUUGGAGUGCCAGUCCGCGCGGCCCCCUCCUGUCCAGCCGAGACUCUACGAGCGGCCGCCUGCCUCCUGCAGCUCCGGCCCUGCGAAGCUCGCGCUCACGAGACGCGACUCUGUCGCGAUGACUGCAUGGACCUCAUGACGAGCUGCGUCGACUGGUCGGCCGUCCGAGGCCACAACGCGGCGACCCUCUGCGCCAAGCUCUCUCCACCCAAGCCCGAGCAGCCCUGCAUCUCGAUCAAGCCCUUCUUCGAGCUCGACAACGAGCCGCCUCGAAGAACCGACAUCGACGAGGACAUCAACAUGCCCUGCCGGAGCAACCCCUGCGUCCAGGGUCAGCUCUGCGUCGUCCAGCCGGAGGAGCGCAGGGGCUACCGCUGCGUGCCCGGCUGUACCCUCGGCGCGAUGUCCAACCAGCUGAUCCCACUGGGUUCCUGGGCCCAGCUGUCGGUGCCGAAACACCAGAAGCAGGAGCAGCAGCUCUGCCAGUCGAUCUGCCAGUGCGUCAUCAGCGACGAUCCCGGGGCCUCGGGGCCGCGACUCGAGCGCUGCAGCGAGCCGUCCAACUGCCGGGUGGCCGAGAGCGGAUGCUCGCUGCAAACGCUCAACAGCAUGAUCGUGGCUCACGACUUCGACUUCUACCUCGAGUGCAACUCCUGCCACUGCUACGACGGCGAGAUCACCUGCUCGAGGCGGAGCUGCGCCGAGCCCGGGGCGGCUUCGCUGCCCUGCAACUGCCCUCAGCACUACGUGCCGGUCUGCAGCCGGCUCGGAGUCACCUACGCUUCGGCCUGUCUGGCCAAGUGCUCCGGCCUCCUGGCAAACGAGGUCGAGUACAACAGCUGUUCGGCCCGCGACCCCUGUGCCGCGAGGCCAUGUGGCCCCGGCUACACCUGUCUACCAAGGCCCCGGAUCUGCCUUACGGCGCCAAAUCACCGGCCCUGCGAGCAGUUCGAAUGCGUGCGCCUGUCUCCGUCGUCCUGCGCCGGUCACGCGCACCAGAAACCGGUCUGCGACAGCGAGAACCGACAGCACUCCUCGGUCUGCGCGAUGCUGCGCUCGGGCGCGAGGCUGGGCUACCGGGGUCCUUGCCUUCGUGGUUGCAGCCUCCGAGGUCCCGUCUGCGGCAUCAACGGCGAGACCUACGCGAGCGAGUGCGCCGCUUGGGCCGAGCGCAGUCUCGUCGACUACCAGGGGCCCUGUCUCGCCGUGGGCCUCGUGUCCGAGCAGUCCAGGCCUCGCUGCGGUGAAAGCGUCCAGUGCCCGGUCCUGGGCCGUAGCUCAUGCCUCGGUGCGACUCCUCCCGGAGCCUGUUGUCCCAUUUGCGCCGGCGCCGCAAGGCUCUUCUUCUCCAGGAAGCAGUUGGACCUCAUCUUCUACCAGCUGCCCGAUUCCGACUCGGAGGACAAGCAGCCGGUCACCCUCGAGGCCAUGCUCGCGGCCCUUAGUCGUCAGCUCCAGGUUGCCGAAUGCGCCCUCCGAGGCUCUCUCACGCCCGAGGGCGACAUCUUCAUCGUGAACCAGCCGAUCUCAAGGAGGCCAUCGGAUUUGCAGCUGGCCGCCUGUGUCACCGAGAUCGAGAAGCUCGUCAGUCGGAUUCAGGGUCGCAGUCCCCGGAUCGUCAACGAGGUACCGCUUAGCGCGCUUACGAGAGCCGAGAUAGCGCACGUUCGAAUCGUCGGCAACGCGGUGACGGCAGCGGCGACUACGAAUUCGGUAACGAGUCUCGCAACGCUGCUGAUCGUACUCAGCCUCUUAAACCAAGCGCGAUAACAAAUACCAAAAACUUGAAUUCGUAUCGUUCGAGAGGCAACGCACUCAAUGUCUGUGAUUUUUCUAGUGCCUAAUAUGCGAUUAUUAUUAUUAGUUAAGCGUGUUUUGAUAUACAUAUACAAUAUACAACGUAGUCAUGUUCCUCGUAUCCGAUCGAACACUGCCAAAGAGAGAACGUUUCGAUUUGUGUAUAUACCUUUUUGUUUGAUUCUAUACAUACAUAUAAUAUAUAAAUUAAGUUACCAUUUAUGCGUUAAGGGGGACACCAAAAAUCGUAUUGUAUAGCGAAAUGUAUAUAAUAUAAAUUGUAUAAAAUUGGAAGACGUAACAACAAUUAUCGUUAUUGCUAAAUAUUAAUUAUUUAUAUUGUCCUUUUCUAUGUAUAAUAAAAUGUCUUACAUUAGCUCGUAUCGAUAAUUAUAAUGCACGUGUUGAAUUGUACACACUCACCGCUAUGAGUCGUAGAAUUCAUUAUACUAGAUUAUUAUGCAGAUAUAAUUAAUGUCACUUUGAUUAACAAACUUUCAUUAUAAAUACCACAUUUACAUUAAAAAUGUUAUAUUAUCGCAAUUCAUUACUUUCUAAAGACUUCCACGUUGUUUUUCUUCAAUCAUUAAUAUAUUAUUUUUCACUCAAGCUCAAUGCCAUCGAAAAGUUCAAAAACAUAAAGAUUUAUCAUCAUAAAAAUACUCUGAUUUUUUGCUAUAAGUUAAACCACUUAUAGAAGCUUAAAACGACUACACUUUAAUAUUUGAAAUUCCAUCGGAUUAUAAGUAAACAAGUUGCCUAGAUGUUUUCGACCAAGUGGUAUUUGAAUGUUAAUAAACAGUUCUCUUCGAACAACGCCCAGAUAUACAUUUGUCAAAUUCACAUUCAAAUUACCUAAAAAGUAAGUAAAUUUAUUGUCGUUUAAUGAUUAAUUAAAUAGUCAUAAAAUUCCAUAAUGACCGUAACUUAAUCCUUACCGUAAUCUUGUGUGGUCAUUAAAAAUAGGACUUCUCUGUUAUUAGGAAUGCUUAACCCCUAUGAAAAAUAUAGUAGAUAAUCAACAUUUUGAAUGAAUAUGAUAAGCUUUCAAUAGGGUAUUAAGAAGAAUACAACCGUAGCUACCGUCGUGCACUUCUGCUACGAGUGUUCAUUUAAAAAUCGAUUAGAAACAUUUAAUUUCAUUGCUUAUAAUUAAUUGGUAAUAAAUCUCACAAGGUUAAAUUUAA